AUGCUAACGUCUACCUACCGACAACUCGACGACCAAAAGUACGGUACAAGAGAGGAGAAAGACUCGAACCACGGCUCACAAUCUCGACUGAGAUUCUGCGAUUUAUUCAAGAAGUACUUCAAGGCAUCCCCCCAUCUUUUCUUCCCAGAUAUCCCACACUACCAUCAAGGAACCUUCCACUCACAUCCACCACAACCACCCAUAAAAAUGGUACAAACACGCCAUCAAGCCGCCGUAGUCGCCGCGCUGGCCCUUGACCGCCAAAAAGUCCAAGUCAGAAUCCCCCAUCGUCGCCAACCCACCCCACCACGCCCGGAUUCACGCGUCGAAAGAGCGCCUGAGGAUCUCCCCGGCCCCCUAACCCCCUCAACCAAGACUGGAGCAACCCCCCUCGAAGCCUCCAACGCCCUGACCCACAUCUUCUCCCUCCUCCCCUUGCUCAUCCGUCUGUAUGCUCCAGCCCACAUGUCUACAGAUGCCUGCCUGCAGGUUUUGUCCGCCCUGCAGAAUACCCUGGCCCAUUACAUCAACAAAACGUGGCCGCCUAGGACAUACAGUAUGCGCCUCGAGGCGGAAGUCAUUGCUCACGUGCUGGGCGAGGUGCAGCGCACGUCUCUUUCGUCCGGGAGCGAUGGGCCAGGGUACGUUGCGUUGGCGGAUGCCGCCGCGUGGGGCGUGCAGCUUUUGGAGACGGGGAGGGCGGACAGGACGGCGGAGGGUGUGUUUCAUGAAGGCGUUUUGGCGUUUCUGGAAGGCGAGUUGGGGAUGUGGGAUGGGUUUUCUUUUGGGGGUGAGGAUUUUGAGUAUUUGGAGAGGAUCUGGGGAGUGCUGUUUGGUAGGGAAGAUGAGGUUGGGCUUGGUGGGGGUAGUGGGGAUAUGGAGGACAGUGAAGAGGAGACGGGAUGGAUUGAGAUGCAAGGGGUUGUGGGAUGGGAGAAUGUCAAAGUGGAGGAUGUAGAAGCGAGUGUGGAAGCGGAUGUGAAGAUGGAGAGUGCGGAAUUGGAUGUAAAGAUGGAAGGAGUAGAAGUGGAUGUGAAAAUGGAGAGUGAUAUCAAGAUGGAGAGUGACGAGAGACUAGGUGAUCAUGACGUGAAGGUUGAGAUCAAGUUAGAAGACGAGUAG